CGCUCGCGCGCUCUCUGUGUGGCGUCCUCGCUCACUGCGGCUGCGGGCGGCAUCCAUCGGCAAGGAAGGAGAAGGCACCGAGCCCGGCGCCGCCGCCGCCGCCGCCGCCAUCGCAGCCCGCCUUGCUGCCGAGGCAGAUGCAGGCCAUCAAGUGUGUGGUCGUGGGGGACGGGGCUGUGGGGAAGACCUGUCUGUUGAUCAGCUACACGACAAAUGCCUUCCCUGGAGAGUACAUCCCCACCGUGUUUGAUAAUUAUUCUGCCAAUGUCAUGGUAGAUGGAAAGCCAGUUAACCUGGGUCUGUGGGACACAGCAGGACAAGAAGACUAUGACCGAUUGCGACCUCUUUCCUACCCCCAGACAGAUGUUUUCCUGAUCUGUUUCUCACUGGUGAGCCCGGCUUCCUUCGAAAAUGUUCGAGCCAAGUGGUACCCAGAGGUCCGACAUCACUGCCCCAACACACCUAUCAUCUUGGUCGGCACCAAGCUGGAUCUGAGGGAUGAUAAGGACACCAUUGAGAGGCUGCGUGACAAGAAACUGGCACCCAUUACCUACCCCCAAGGUCUAGCCAUGGCCAGGGAGAUAGGUUCCGUGAAGUACCUCGAAUGCUCUGCCCUUACACAGCGAGGCCUCAAGACUGUCUUUGAUGAAGCUAUCCGUGCUGUCCUCUGUCCCCCACCGGUGAAGAAGCCUGGCAAGAAGUGCACUGUGUUCUGAGGGCAUCUGAGUUGCAGCAUGUUAUGGGUGUCUCCUCCUUGCCUGUGCGAGGGGGGAGCGUUCGCUGGGUGUUCCCGCAAAGGGAGUGGCGGGGCCCUUCAUCAUGUACGAAGUCAGUGUUUUUUAAAUGUCUCUUUGAUUUAACGUCUGUGUCGAUGUAAAAGGGCCGCAUGGGAGGAAGAGGAGCUCGAUGCUGUCCCACCCCCAGGGGCAAAGCAGUGGGAGAAGCAUGCUCCCUGUGACUCCAUGCCAGGGGUAAUGCACGAGUGCACAGACCAGCCCUUUCUUACUACUUCUAUUGGUGCUAGAGCAUUGUGGUGGGAGCAGAUAAGAACCCCCGCAGGGGCAGGAAAGACAAACAGGACACAGGUUGAAGAACUAGCCACUAGUGCUUUAUUGUGCGAGACACUAGCUAAACUCCAUGAUUGUGCAGCUCUGUACCACCCGAAGCUGUCUUCGCCUUGCAGGGAUUCAGCUUGUGCGCUGCUCCUGAGCUGGCUGACUGACCAUCAACUCUCCCAAAGGUGGGGAAGAGAAGGACGGUCUCUUUACCUUGUCCAGCCCGGGCAGAACAGAGCCACAUGACAGGAAUCUUUCUGUAAGAUUAAAAGAAGAAAAGUGGGGGGAAGGGUGCCAGUGGGAGGGUGAUGGCCAACCCCUUCCUUUUGUCACGAGUGAUGGACUGGGGGCUGGAGCAGAGAGAGCUUCGGAGGGGUUGGGAUGGAGACGGGUCCAGUUUUUAAUCAUCGUGUAGAGUGAUGAGCUGAACACCUCUUAUUUUAUACAAUAAACAUUUCUCCAUAAGUAA